ACCCCGGCUAGGCCGUGACAGCCCAGGGCAGACCCAGCUCGUUUUAUAAAAACUUGACUACGAUGCUUCGUCUUGGUACUACUAUUAGCACCCCAUUAUGUCUUUCUCAGCACAGAACUAUCUCCCCCCGCCUCCUCAACAAUACUACCCGCCACACUCGCCACCACUCACAGAUGCCCAGGCUCAGCGCAAACGGCCGAAAUACACCCGUAGCAAGACGGGUUGUAUGACAUGUCGCGUGAAGAAGAUCAAGUGUGACGAGACGAAACCAAACUGCAUGCGCUGCACACAUGGGCAACGGGAUUGCACAUGGCCAGACGGCGUGCCUCCACGGAAGAAACAGCCGGGGAGGAAGGACUCGUUUGACGGGCGACCAUCAACAGCGAGCUCGUCCGUAUCCGAAGACUCUACAACACCGCCGACUCGGGACCCGACUCCUCCGCGGCGCACGGUGAUAGACGUCGGGUUACCCCCCCUCGCCUCAAGACGCCACAACGAUCCAUACUUGCAGCUACCCCCGGUGAUGUCCCCAGAAUCAGAACACGUACGUCGGCAAUGCGUGAGGUCUGGGUACGCGCCGGAGAUGGGGGGAAUGACACAGGAUAUGAGUUGUUACCCCCGGUAUGAGCAGCAACAGGAUGCUUAUGCGUCGAUGCAGUACCGCCCUGCUGGUCACGGCCACACUCGUCAGAUGCCUGUUGCUCAGUGGAGUACGCCCUCUAGUCUCAUGCCUCCAGUUGAAUCGUAUUAUCAUUCAGCCCACGAGAGACACAUGGUAGGCCAACACCAUCGAUACCAAUGACAAUUGUAUAUAUUUUACUUAUAUAUUAUCAUCACUCUGCUGUCCAUAAACACACCGCUUUGUUUGCUAGAAUUGAACAAUUUAAAUAACCUCUGCAAAACCCAUCCUUUGGUCACCAAUGUCCCAGACACUGUACCAAUGCUUGAGGAGACUCCCACCCACAAGAUCCAGACCGUCAAAGGCGUUUAUGAGGGUCU